GAAAGGCUGCUGCCGCCAUCGUGCCAGCCCCUCAGGUCUCAGUGAUACCGAGUGACACUCCAGAAUGGGAGACAAGCCACUUUGGGAGCAGAUUGGAUCCAGCUUCAUUCAGCAUUACUACCAGUUAUUUGAUAACGACAGAACCCAACUAGGUGCAAUUUACAUUGAUGCAUCAUGCCUUACAUGGGAGGGACAGCAGUUCCAGGGGAAAGCUGCCAUUGUGGAGAAGUUGUCUAGCCUUCCAUUCCAGAAAAUUCAGCACAGCAUCACGGUACAGGACCAUCAGCCUACACCAGAUAGCUGCAUCAUCAGCAUGGUUGUGGGCCAGCUCAAGGUCGAUGAAGACCCCAUCAUGGGGUUCCACCAGAUGUUCCUAUUAAAGAACAUCAAUGAUGCUUGGGUUUGCACCAAUGAUAUGUUCAGGCUUGCCCUGCACAACUUCGGCUGACCUCCUCCCUGCCAGGCACUCAUGCUGUUUCCUCCUCCCUCCCCUUCCUGAUACUAUCACACUCCUCCAGAUGCUCCAAAUAUCAUACACAAGCGAGCAGGGCCGUGGUGGAAGUGGGUGCGGUGCGCUGCUGCCACCACAGUUGUGCAUGAUGUUUGGGCACUAGACUAGUUGCAUCUGACAGGAGAAGUUUGUGUUGUACCAGCGCAUGCCUUGGAAAGACUUAAGUAAUGCAAAAGGUUGUCUUUUUAUUUUUUUUUUUUUAAUUUACUGACAAGUUGCUCUAGUAACCCAAAGAAGUGAAGGAGAAAGCAGCUGCCUCACCACCCAAAUAUUGAUUUGUUCAGAUGUUUCAAUGCCUCAUGAUACAAUAAAACCACAAAAAUUUUCUUAAAAAAAAAAAA